CAAGGUGCCCAAAAAACAUGGGGAUCACUAAGGCAGACAUGGCCCGCAGGCGCGCAUGGCCGAUUGGAGUCAUUGGUGCCUUGGCCGUUCUUGCAUCUCGGGACACCGGUUUCAUCGCUGCUCCAUUUAUUGCGGCCCACCGGCUGUCAGCUACGAUUCCGGUGCUGCUGGGAGCGCUUCCUGCCAGUGCCGAAACUGCAGAUGGAGGACUUGGGUGGCAAGCCAUCAUGAUGGCUCCGGUGAUUAGCCUCUUUGCCAUCGUUGGAGUUGCAAUGGUUGGUGGAUUUGUUCUGGGCAUUUUUGUGCCACCAGGAGAAGGUGAUUAUGGCAAUAUGGAGACAACUUUGGCAGAGCGGGAGGCACGCGAACGUGGCUGGCGACGAGACGUACUGCGUGGCUACGAUGAAGAAACCUACGCAGCUAUGCGUGGACAGGAUAAAGACUGGGCGAAGGUCGAGUAUCCCUUCCGAAAGCUAAAGCCGCGGCCGAAUCCCGCAGAGAUGCCGAAGCUCCCAGGAGCACCGAGCGGGGCGCCAGGAGCACCGCCUGGGGCACCGGGCGCACCGCCUGGGGCACCCGGGGCCCCUCCCGGCGCCCCUCCGGGUGCCCCGCCGGGUGCACCACCUUGAGAUAGCUUCGUGACACAGCUGUUGGAUCCGCAGAUAUCCGCAGAUCACAAGCCCCAUUCAUGUGGGCAGAAGCCCCGGAGGACUCCGGAAAGCUAAAACAGAGGUGACACCUCUGACUUUGGACAUCAAAAUAUAUCAAAAUAUUUUCUACAGCUUACCGCCUACCAGCUUAGCAUUGCACAUUUUCGGCGCUACCCUAACGCCAGCGAAGAGAAAUUCGAUGAGCAGACGUCUCCAGCUUGCCAUUUUUGCCUGCGCGAAGAUGUAUCGCAAAGGUGCCAAAA